GUCCAAAACCCUUCGUGCGAGUAGAUGAACAAGACAAUGUUACAUACCAUUGUGAUUACUGUGACAAAGUUACAAUCACUGAUGUUAAACUUUACCGCCAUAUGAGGCAACACACUGGAGAUGGCAGAAUCUUCAGAUGUCGACACUGUGACAAGAGCCACAAGAGCUUAGUGAUUUGGAGUAAACAUAUGAUGACUCACCGUAAUGAAAAACACUUCAUAUGUGACACGUGUGGUCAGGCAUUUAAUAGCUAUGUCUCAUUGUAUAAUCAUCGAGAAAUACACGAUCCUUCAAGGUUAUUCGUAUGCACAGUUUGUGGUGAAAACUUUAAAAAUAAAGUAUGCAUGAAAUUACAUGAAGAUCGCCAUAAUGAUUUCAAGCCUCACACGUGCCCUGAAUGUGGCAAGAGUUUUCAUAGUAAAACACUUUUGUAUAAACACAGAGCAUCCCAUAAUAAGACAUAUGUAUGUGCUACAUGUGGAAAAGCAUUCAGUCAUAGUCAUAAUCUCAAAGUACAUGAGUAUCUCCACACUGGUGAAAAACCAUACCGUUGUAAACAUUGUGGCAAGGGUUUUGCACAGUUGGCAUCCCUACAAUGCCAUUACAAAAGGUCCCAAUCCACUUGUAACCGUGUCAGCAGAGGGUGACAUGGUAUACCAC